AUGGAGCAAAAUCAGAGAAAGGACCUUGCUUUUAAUUCAGGUUCUUCAAUUUGGAGAUCGGUACAAGCCUCACUUUGCUCUGAGAAAUUCAUGAGUGCUGAGUUGCCUGGAAAGCUUGAAAGCAAGGAGCUUGACCUGCUAAGUUUUGAUCAAGAUGGGUACCCAAUUUACAGACGCAGAGACAAUGGUCAAAUGUUGAUAAGAAUGGCAUUAUAUUGGAUAAUAGGUGGGUUAUAUUUUGUGUAUGGUUAUGGAGGUACAUGCAAAACUUUUGUUUGGAAAACACUGUCUGCUGCUAUUCGUUCACAGGGUAAUAUUGUGCUAAAUGUUGCUUCAAGUGGUAUUGCUUCUCUUCUUAUGCCUGGUGGUAGAACUGCACAUUCUCGGUUUGCCAUACCUAUUGAGAUUAAUGAUGAUUCAACGUGUAAUAUAGCACAAGGUAGUGAUCUUGCUGAGUUAAUUAUCAAGUGCAAGCUAAUCAUUUGGGAUGAGGCACCUAUGAUGCAUAAACACUGUUUUGAAGCAUUGGAUCGCACAAUGAGAGAUUUGUUGAGAUUUGAAAAUAUCUUGAGUUCAAAUAUGACUUUUGGAGGAAAGGCGGUAGUUCUUGGUGGUGAUUUUCGGCAAAUAUUACCAGUGAUUCCAAAAGGGACAAGACAAGAUAUUGUUGGGGCAAACAUCAAUUCUUCUUAUUUGUGGAGUAGUUGUAAGGUUUUAAGAUUGACUAAGGACUUAAGACUACAGACAUUAGGAGAUGUUGAUUCUUGUGCACGGGUUGAAAAAUUUGCAAAGUGGAUAACUGAUAUAGGUGAUGGUGAGGUUGGUGUUGAAAAUGAUGGGCAUGCAGACAUAGAAAUUCCAAUAGAUAAUUUGUUACAACCUCAAGGUGAUCCAAUUGAAGCAAUAGUUAAGAGCACAUUUUCUAUGUUUUUAGCGGGUAAUUGUGAUUUGGAGUAUUUGAAUGGUCGGGCAAUAUUAGCUUCAACAUUAGAUGUAGUCAAUGAAAUAAAUCAAUAUAUGAGUAGUUUGAAUCCUGUUGAUGGUAGAACAUACUUUAGCUCUGAUGCUGUUUGCCGGUCUGAUAUAUGUACAUAUACGUUUGCUGAAUUACACACUCCGAAAUUCCUGAAUGGGUUGCGAUGCUCUGGUAUUCCUAACCAUUCUGUUGCUCUUAAAGUUGGAUCUCCAGUUAUGUUGCUGCGGAAUAUUGAUCACUCUCUUGGCUUGUGUAAUGGAACAAGAUUGGCUAUUACUAGAUUAACAGACCAUAUAUGUUGUUGA